AUACUUACUAUGGAUUUAUUAUGUCAGAGUAACUAGUGUCGGCAUAUUUUAAGGCCAGGGUUUCAACGAAUAUCGGGUUAUUAUAGUGUGACUGACGUUUAACACACGGGCAGAAUCUAGCAAAUUGUAACAGAAGUCAUGGACUACAAAAAGACUAUGGCUGAGCUGAAAGAAAAGUUUCAAACUCCCGGUACAGAGGCUGUACAUCCUACAGGAACAGAUGAACUGGAUUUUGGGAUGAUCCGACAGUUACCACAUAAAACACAAGAAAAUUUAAAUUACUUUAUUCAAGGUCUUGGAAAUGGAAAAGUGACACUUGAUCGCGACAAAAGUGGAAAGCUUGAUGUGCAGUUCACGGAAACACAGAAGAUCCCUUGGGAUGGCUCUGAGCCCGGCAAAAUAGCUACACCAAAAUCGGACCAUGGCGUAAACACAAAAACAGAGAUGUGUCUCCGACUAUUGGAAUACAUCAAGGGAAACAAACCACCCGUUGGAGUGAUGUUUGACAAGACAAAGGUAACAUUAUCACGAGGUAAAACAUACAAAGAGGGUCAAGAAUAUGAUCAUGAAUAUGUACAGAAGGUAUCCAGUAGCAGGAAUGUUGACGAAUCUGAACAAAGGGGGUAUGCAAAAGAGCCAAUAACUACACUGAUCAAGAAAUUUCUUGGCAAGGGCAUUCAUGGUGACAUCUUAGUUGUUCGGGACCGUGGAACGAAUGCCGUGCAUGCUGAGAAAACGAUCAUGAUCUCACACAUCAAUCCGAAUGAGAUUCGAUGCUGGGUCACCUUGAUGGAAACCGGGUAUGUUCCUCAACUGUACAUGUUCCGAAUAGAUGGAGAUGCUGUUGUCAUAAAUAUGGAAAGUUUAGAAACAGCCAAAACUCUCGAAGAGAUUAUAAAUGAAGAAAACUUACGAAAAGCAGAAAAUGCUGAUUUGCUGAAACCGUUUUCCCUCUAUGUGCUGGAUGGAGCGUUGGAAGCCUUGUGUGAUAUGCACAAUAAAGAAUGGGCACAUAAUGAUUUGCACGGUGGGAAUGUGAUGUUAGACAAUGAACUCAAGAUCAAGAUUAUAGAUUUUGGAUGUGUAAGUAAGAUUGAAGACAGUGCAGAAGUAAUCAAACGGAGCCCGUUUCAACAUGACAUAAGAAAUGCGGUCCGCUUGUUUACUGCCAUAUUCUGUGGACAAUACUUUGAAAGUAUCUACGAAUUCGAGACGAAUUCACAUGCAAGAAUAGACGAGGCUGCAAAGUUGGCCGGACUGCCCAACAAAGACAAAGAGUUAAUAUUUGCUGUGAUAGAUCAGGUUUUAAAGAUAACAAAUCUCCGCCAAUUGAAGGAAUUCAAGCAAGGCGUAAACGACAUAAUGCGAAAAGAAAUGGGUGAUUCACACGAAACAAUUCGCAAGAAAGUAGCUGUCUUGUUAUUUCCAGACAAGUUUCACGAUCUUCAUCAAGAAAAGCUGUCGGCUGAGGAUGAAGCAGACCGCAUUGACGAUGAGGCAGACUGCAUUGAGGAUGAGGCAGACUGCAUUGGGGAUGAGGAAGAAUGCAUUGGAGCUGAGGCAGAUUACAUUGGGGGCGAAACCUUUGCAUUGUUGCCUGAUCUAGACCUAGACAGUGUUGCGGCCAAGAUCACAGAUCAACAAAUUAAUGAGCUUUGCAGGCAGUGUGGACUCAGCCUAUGAUCUAGAUAUAAAUGUAUAUCUCGGGAUAAGAACAGUUACGUUACUUUUAAGGGUGUGUCAGUAGUUUUUAUUUUUAGUUUAAAUACAUUGAAAUCGACCAAUGUAUAUGCUUUA